CAUUAGACUAUCUUGCAAAUAUGGCUACUCCUGCACGAAACAAAGGUUCCAGUUUGCCUGUGGUUCCGUUGUCCCCAGAGCAGUUGUACAAGGAGGCCAUAGAAAAUGCUGCCAGUUACAACAGCAGAUUGUAUUUGGAAAGUCAGAUGCGACUGCCAUAUGUUGACUCCAAUACUGCAGUGGCACAAAGACAUAGUAAUCUAUGGGUCAGUUACAGACAGAGAAUGCCAGGGACCCGUGCUGGCCAGAUCUAUUCAUACCCUGCCAAACGGUGGAGGAAGAAAAAGCGAGCUGUGCCUCUGGAAGAAAUCAGUAUUACCAAGGCCACAGACAUAGAGACUGGACUUCCAGCUGGAACUAGCACUGCCCCAUCAGGUACAAAAUCUGGCCGCCACAAGAACUCCCCAAACAACUACUGUGACUUCUGUCUGGGCGAUGAAACGUUCAACAAGAAAACCAAGGUGUCGGAGGAGCUGGUAUCGUGUGCCGACUGUGGCAGAUCAGGCCACCCGACCUGUCUUCAGUUUACAGAGAAUAUGAUAGUGUCAGUAAAGAAGUAUCCCUGGCAGUGUAUAGAGUGCAAGUCCUGUGGUUUAUGUGGUACAUCUGAUAAUGAUGAUCAACUCCUGUUUUGUGACGACUGUGACAGAGGCUAUCACAUGUACUGCCUAUCACCCCCUCUAUCUGAACCUCCAGAGGGGAGCUGGAGUUGUCACCUGUGUAUUGAAGAGUUCCAUGCUGGUAAACCCCCUGCUUGUAUGGCUGCACCACGAUAGUCACAGAGACAGCGGAACAGUUUAAAUAGCGUCUUCUGCCAAGUGUCACUUUGAAACACCAAGAAUCCAUGUCUUGUGGACUGUUUUGUGCUAAGGAAGUGGUGCACUCUGAAAAUAUCAUGUUUUGUGGUUUAUUAAUCAACAUCAAAUAUUUCCAUAGGGACUGGCUGGGAAGAAAUGAAAUUUAUUUUCUAUAUACUUUCUUACUUUAUUAGAAGUAAUUUAAAGCAAUCAUGGUGCUGUAGAAAUCUGAUAGCAAUGAACUUAUUGUCCCAGCAACCACAAACAUGGCUUCCAGUCAGCUUUAGCAGGUAUGAGGUUGUUCCAAUUUAGGGAGUGUUCUGACAGAACUCUGGAACCAGGGACCGCAGCCUUGUAUCUGUAUCUGGGAUAACAUAUGACAACUGCAAACUGAAGUCUUACUUCAGAUUUACCAAAAUUAAUCAUUAAAAUGUACUGUAUAUAUUAUAUACUAGACUUGUAAUGUUGAGCAGUUAGUGAGUAGUAAGAACACACUGUGAAUGUUUAUAUCUAAACAUUUUAAGUCAAAGAAAUCAAAAUGAAUGUUUAUGUAUUCAUGUUACAGUCAUUAGAUACUCAUUAAAAUAAGCUUUUGUAACAUUUAAUCAUGGGGUCAUUUAUCGGGUAACUUUUUUACUGCUUCAUGUUUUGUAUAAAAAGUCUGUAGUCAUAGUUCUUUUAGUUCUCCACAGAAUAUGCCCAACUUAUAAGUCAUCCAUCAUUUUGUGCACCAUAUUUUGUAAAUGUGUAAUUGCUUUGUGCAAUGUAAAUCUUUGAAUUUGAACAAGUUCCAAAAACUUGAGAGAAAAAUAUAGUACACAAGAUUAUGAACAAAAUUUCUAAUAAUGAGCAAACCCAAAGAAUGGGAGAUUUGUUGGUGUAACUGAAUGUUUUAAUUAACCAAUUUACAAUUUCUCUGAAAAAUUUUCUAGUGAAUAUUGCUACGUUUAUUUCUACAUCCAAAUUAUUGUUCAUAAUCUCUCCUAUUGGGCAAGAGCCUGGGUAAGUGUAGUAAGAUACACUCUGUAUACUGUGUAGACAAUAAAGCUUGUUGUCAUUGUUAA